AAUCGUAUUUCGGAGACAAAAGUUCCUGUGUAGAAAAUGUUAGCGCGUUGAAUCUCACCAGCUCUUCAUCUACACGGGGCCCGAGGAGCUCAUGCAUAGGAAAACCACCCCUCUCUUCUGGUAGAUGUGUUUACAGAAGCCGUACCCCUCUUAUGGGGUAUUCAGGUACCUCCUCGUCUACAGUCUCUGCCCAUGCCCUCGCGUCGGUGGUUGUAGCUGUGGUCGAAGGAAGGGGCCUUGCCAGAGGUGAAGUGGGAAUGGCCAGCAUUGACUUAAAAAAUCCUGAGGUGAUACUGUCACAGUUUGCAGACAGUACAACUUAUGCCAAGGUUAUUACUAAACUCAAGAUUUUAACACCACUGGAAAUAAUAAUGUCAAACACUGCUUGUGAGUCAGGGAGCACAACGAAAUUGUUCAGUUUGAUAACAGAACAGUUCAGGAAUGUGACUUUUACAACUGUCCAAAGAAAAUACUUCAAUGAAACAAAGGGUUUGGAAUACAUAGAGCAAUUGUGCGCGUCUGAGUUCAGCACCAUUUUCAUGGAGGUUCAAUCAAAGUACUACUGUCUUGCAGCUGCUGCAGCUUUGCUAAAAUAUGUUGAAUUUAUUCAAAAUUCAGUUUAUGCUCCUAAAUCACUGAAAGUGCGGUUCCAGGGCAGUGAGAAAACAGCGAUGAUAGAUUCAUCAUCAGCACAAAAUCUUGAACUAGUAAUUAAUAACAGAGAUUCUCGGAAUGGUCACACACUUUUUGGCGUCCUAAAUUACACUAAAACUCCAGGUGGAAGUCGAAGGCUUAGAUCCAAUAUCCUGGAGCCACUAGUUGAUGCCGAAACAAUUAACACAAGACUGGACUGUGUACAGGAAUUACUCCAGGAUGAGGAGCUCUUUUUUGGUCUUCAAGCAGUUAUCUCAAAAUUCCUGGAUACAGAACAACUGCUUUCAGUUUUGGUACAAAUUCCAAAGCAGGAUACAGUUAAAGCUGCUGAAUCAAAGAUAACUAAUUUAAUCUACCUGAAGCAUACUAUAGAACUUGUGGAGCCUCUAAAAGCUGCUCUAAAAAGCUGUAACACACCGCUCCUAAAGGCUUAUUACAGUUCUCUUGAAGAUACAAGAUUUGGAAUUAUGCUUGAAAAGAUUACAACUGUAAUUAAUGACGAUACAAGGUACACAAAAGGAUGUCUGAGUAUGAGGACCCAGAAAUGCUAUGCUGUUAAGCCUAACAUCAAUGAAUUCCUUGACAUAGCCCGUAGAACAUACACGGAAAUUGUUGAUGAUAUAGCAGGUAUAAUAAAACAACUUGCAGAAAAGUACAACCUACCGAUGAAAACAUGUUUCAGCUCUGCUCGUGGAUUUUUUAUCCAGUUGAAUGUUGAUUGUUCCAUGUUACCCAAUGGCCAACUUCCUCCAGAAUUUACAAAGAUCACUAAAAUGAAAAACACAUAUAGCUUCACUUCAGCAGAUAUAAUAAAAAUGAAUGAAAGAUGUCAGGAGUCCCUGAGAGAAAUAUAUCACAUGAGCUACUUAAUAGUGUGUAAGCUACUGAACGAGAUCUAUGAGCACAUUCAUUGCCUGUACAAGCUGUCUGACAUUGUGUCAAUGCUGGAUAUGCUGCUUUCAUUUGCCCACGCCUGCACUCUUUCUGAUUACGUUCGUCCAGAAUUUACAGAUACUUUAGCAAUCAAGCAGGGAUGGCAUCCCAUUCUUGAAAAGAUAGCUAUGGAAAAACCUGUGUCUAACAACACAUACCUGACAGAGGGUAACAAUUUUGGCAUUAUUACAGGACCAAAUAUGAGUGGAAAAUCAACGUACCUAAAACAGAUUGCUCUCUGUCAAAUUAUGGCACAGAUUGGUUCUUAUGUCCCAGCAGAGUACUGUUCUUUUCGAAUUGCAGAGCAAAUUUUUACCAGAAUAGGUAUGGAUGAUGAUAUAGAAACAAAUGCAUCAACAUUCAUGAAGGAAAUGAAAGAGAUAACAUACAUCAUACAAAAUGCUAAUGACAAAUCACUCAUCAUAAUUGAUGAACUUGGCAGAGGUACCAGUGCUGAAGAAGGUAUCGGCAUUUGUUAUGCUGUCUGUGAAUAUCUGUUGAAUUUAAAGGCAUUUACAUUGUUUGCUACACAUUUCCUGGAACUGUGUCACAUAGAUGCUUUAUAUCCCAAUGUGGAAAAUUACCAUUUUGAAGUACAACAUGUGAGAAGCAGUGCUGGAAAUAAGGAGAAAAUUGCUUACACUUACACACUCUCUAAAGGAUGUACAGAGGAAAAGAACUACGGAUUAAAAGCUGCAGAAGUUUCCUCCCUACCAUCAUCAAUACUUUCGGAUGCAAAGGAAAUCACAAAUCAUAUUGCAAAACAGAUUUUGUACAGGCAGAAGAGCACUCCUGAGAUGAUGCAGCAGAGAGCUGUGUACCAUUUAGCAAUGAGAUUGGUUCAGGCUGCCAGAAAUUCUCGACUGGAUCCAGACAGCCUGCGUAUAUAUUUGAAAGGCUUGAAGAAAAAGUAUGAAGCUAGUUGUCCUGCACCCAGACCCAACGAUCAGCAACA